CAGAGAGAGAGACAGAGAGAGAGACAGAGAGAGAGAGAGACAGAGAGAGAGACAGAGAGAGAGACAGAGACAGAGAGAGAGAAAGAGAGAGAGAGAGAGAGAGAGAGAGCGCUCGGCAGGAGGAGGGAGAGCGCCGCGGAGGAGCAGAGGGAGUUCCUGCCGCCGAAGGAGAAGCUGCUGCGCUACUGGGAAGCAGACAUGGGACCGGCCGCCACCCUGCUCGCUCUGUUCUGUGCCUGUGUUCCUGCAGGGACGGCUGGAGCUGCACCCACACAGGCAUCGCUGUACGAGGUGAAGCAGGCAAGAGGGGACGUUCCUGAUGUUCUGCCGGAGCCUGAACCCGAGCCCACCAGCCCAGUGUCCGACUUUGAGAACUCGUACAACUACAUCUUGUCCAGACUAGCUAACAUGGACCAGGCCAUCCACAAGCUCAACGUUGGUCAUUACACCCUGGAUGUGAAACUGAACCAGCUGGUCGACCGUCUGUCCAGGAUGGACGCAAAGGUCGGAGAGCUGGAGGACAACAUCCAGGAGGUUUACCAGCACAGCAAGGACAACCGCAAGGAGACGGGCAGACUGGAAGGUUGCCAGAAGGGCCUGAGGGUUGGAUACAAGUGCUAUCUGGUGUACAACACCUACGAGGACUACGCCGGAGCGUCCAGGAAGUGCCUGGAGCGCGGCGGGCGGAUGGCGAUGCCGCGCGAUCGCAAGGAGCAGGAGGCGCUGGCCGACUACGUCAAGGCCUUCUUCCACCCGGGGAACUGGCCCGUGUGGCUGGGCAUCAACGACCUCAGGUCGGAGGGCGCGUACCUGUUCGAUGACGGCACGCGCGUCUCCUACUUCCAGUGGCGCAAGCACUUCCUGUCGAGCCAGCCGGACGGCGGGAGGCGGGAGAACUGCGUGGCCAUGUCAUCGGACGACGGCGACUGGUGGGACCACUACUGCGACCGCGCCAUGAACUUCCUCUGUGAAUUUGACGACAGGGUGGCGCUCUAAAAGCAACACGGCGGUGGAGCGCGACCUUCAGGGUCAAAUGAGCAACCAUAAUCUUUUCACUUUCAAAAUAAGAUUCACAGAAGCGCACACGUCCGAGUAUUAUGAGCAGAGGAUGCAACGGCAGUGAUUCAUGCUUGGAAUUAGAAAUGUUUGCUAAACAGUUCCAAAGAAGGGAAAACAUGAGAAGCUGGAGGCAUUUCCUUCACAUAAGCACAUUCUGAACAUUCUGAGGACCAGAGUCUGUUAGAGUCAGACGUUCGCAGGGUGGGACUGUCCAACUAAUCAUUCAUUCAUUUUCCCAGAGACGCAGGAUUGAACGUACUGUAAACGCUGCCGAGUGAAAGAGAAGAAAAGAUCCUGGCGCUGUUUAAAGUAUUGUGUUGAAGUCAGUCACCGUCCUUUGUGCGCCUGCAGGGACAGCGUGUGUUCGCUGUUCUAUUUAUACCUGUUAAUAUGAACUGGUUUGUAAUAUAUCACACUAUCGCUUCACUUCCUGUCGACUAGAGCUGAUGAGUACAGGCCGACGGUCAGGAGGUGUUUGAUGUGUAAUGAGCCGUGACGAGGAAUAAAAUGAAACUAAACCAA